AUGGGCAACCAGUUUAGCCAGGCGUUCCCGCCCGCACCCGCCUUCACAGAAAAGUCCAUCGACAAUCUUAGCGGGAAAGUCUACAUCGUUACUGGAGCUAGCACGGGGGUGGGCAAGGAACUUGCACGACUGCUCUAUGCACUCAACGGCACUGUCUAUGUCGCUGCGCGUGUGCCCGCGAAGGCGCAAACCGCAAUACAAUGGAUAAAAGAGCAACAUCCUACAUCGCAAGGUGUGCUACAUCAUUUGCAUCUCGAUCUCAGCGACCUAGAAGGCAUUCAGGCCUCUGCAGAUGAGUUCUUGUUGAAGGAAAAGCGACUGGAUGUUCUGUUCAAUAACGCAGGUGUUAUGUUCCCUCCCCACGGCAGCACUACUAAGCAGGGCUAUGAGUUACAGCUUGGAACAAAUUGCGUCGGGCCAUUCUUGUUCACUAAGCUUCUGACACCAAUUCUCGUUGAGACGGCAAGAAAGGAGACGACUGGCAGUGUACGAGUGAUUUGGGUGUCUUCAGGCGCCGCACACUUCUCUCCCACUGGCGGUGUUGAUCUGCAAAAUCUAGAUUACAAGACGGACAAGACUAAGUACCAGAAAUAUGCAACCAGUAAAGCUGGAAAUAUAUUGCAUGCCUUGGAGUUCCAGCGACGAUACAGGGACUCUGGUAUUACUAGUGUGGCCCUAAACCCCGGAAAUCUCUCAUCAGAGUUACACCGCCAUCUUUCAUCAAUGCAGGCCUGGAUGAUCAGCUGGAUAACCUAUCCAGUCAUCAAUGGCGCGUAUACGGAACUCUUCGCAGGUCUAUCGCCUGAAGUUGCAGCACUGAAGCAAGGUGACUGGAUCAUUCCUUUUGGACGGACAGCGAGGCUAAGAAGGGAUCUUGCGGAGACGGUAACGACGAAGGAGGAGGGUGGGAGUGGGCGCGCAAAGGCGUAUUGGGAAUGGAGUGAGGAGCAGGUUAAGGACUACAUGUGA